GCCCAGGUGAGGACAAGCCACAGGCCUUGUCUAGCUUGGGUGCUAGGGAACACUGACUCUACCAAACAGCCCAGGGAAGCAAGUGCUGCCUGCCAGGACUCUGAGGGAAAUUAUCAACAUGGAGAAUACCUCGGACAGACCAGACGAAAAAGACAAAGUUUCUGAAAACCUACAGACUGAUGCCCUUCACAAGAUGAACUUUAAAAUAUGGGAGGGAUUGCAGCAGGAAUUUAAGCACAGCCAGGACCCACCGAGCAGUCAGGAUGAGCAAAAAGUCACGCUUGCCUGUGAAGAUCCUCAAGGGUCACUGUCGCAGUGUUUGGAGAAGAGCUCCCCUGCAUUGACCCCAGAGAGCUCGGUCUUCAAGCUGAGCUGCUGGAACGCAAAGAUGGGUGUAGAAAUGAAAGAGCUUGCCGCAGACCACGUCGACUGGCUGGGGAGGAUCAAUGGCAUCAUACAGAAGAUAAACAGCACAGAAAGCACAGUGAAAAGCCUGAUAAAUGAGGUGAUAACCCUGGAAAACCAGUCUGAACAUCUGGAGGACGCUGAUCAGGAAGCAAAUAUUGAGGAGAAGAUCAUAGAAAUUAGAAAGCAGUUAAAAGAAGUGAACGUCAGACUGGCCCAGGUUGACGCUUGCAACGAAGGCCGCGAAUUAAAGGAGAAACUAAUUGAACGGAUAGAGAGCUUUUAUAAGGAAAUGAACGUCCUGAACGCUAAGCUGGAGGUGUACCACACGCAGAGAAGGGAGACAGACUCCCAAAGCUCUGAAGACUUGGAUACAGAGCAAUCAGAGCCCCUGCUCCCCGAGGCUUCUCCGACCCCUUCAGAGCCACACUCUUCUCCCUACAGUGCGGUGUGGAAGCAGGCACUGAAGCUCUUCGUCAUGGUCUACGUGGUCACCAUCACUGGUCUGUCGUGUUACAUACUGUUCGUGGACGCCACGUUUCUCUUCGAAAGGGUGCUGCCCAGUGUGCUGGGGCACCGCACCAUGUGGGAGCUCCGGGAGAUGAUGGCGCCUUUCCUGAAUCUGGAAGCGGAGGACUUGUUACCAUCCUAAAGACCCUGAAGUUGCUAUGCCGGCCCUCUUCCUCUCUAAUAAAUUUUACAU